AUGUGGGACAUACCGACGGAUCCGUCGGAAUUGUACUUGUACCUUCUCGAAAUCGAGUGGUUACACCCGUUUUACGCCUACGUCGUCUUCAUUAUUCUCACGUUCGCCGUCACCGACGGAGCGAGACGGUGCGCUGCACAAGUGCUCGGCGACAGUAAAAUGCUGAAGUUCAACGAGUUUCUCAGUGUGUUGACGAUGUGUACGGCGCACUUUGGUGAAGCCUCAAUCUACUACGCGUACGGACUCAUCCCAAUGUUCAUCGCGAUCAUAAUCAACUGGAAAAUCGGCGAGCACUUCUAUCGCGGGAGCGGCGAGAACUCGUGUCUCCUCUUCGAAGAGUACAUCAGUCGUACCGUCGACAACUCCGACAUGCUUGCGCUCGCUCUUCUUCAAUAUUUUGGCGCCACGUUGGCAUACAUCUUCAAUAUCGUUGCGUGGCACUACACGGCGAAAUACACGGGACUGAUGGGCGGUCCCGAGGAGUGUCUGUAUCUGGAAACUGCUCCGUUGCCACUUGUGGCUCUCUACCAAUUCUUGGCCGCCGCCGGGCUACGUGUCGCUUUGGAGUAUAUGACCAGCGAGAGAUGCAAGAAAUAUAUUUGUCUCGUUUAUGCGACACUUUUCUGUUUAGGCCAACAUCUCGUCGGAGUGCCCGGUGUCCACCCAAUGAUGUGUGCUUCCCGUCUCACCGGCUGCUACUUUCUGCAAGAAGACGCCGUUGUCAAGUACAUUUGUGUCUAUUUGCUCGGAAUCACGACGGGAUGGUUGGUGUCGGCGGCGGCGUUGUCCGAACGAACGAAGCUGAAAUCGAUGUGGCGAGUGAAGUUCGAGGAGAAGCUGGCGGCGGAGGAGGCCGCCCUGAUGGCUGAGCAACCGGUAAAACGAUUCGUCGGAAAAGGGAAUAGGCGGCGGGAAGUGCGAUGA